AUGGGUGCAGCGUUAAGUUGCCUCGCAUUACCUGCUCUAUCAAGUGUAGGAGGGUGGAUAGCUAGUUGCUUUUCAGCUGCAGCUUGCUCCUUAGCCUUCAAAAGCUGUAACUGUAACAACUCUAUAGCAACACGAAUUGGAUAUGCUAUCAUAUUUUUAUUCAAUUCUAUUCUUGCAUGGCUUAUGCUAUCCAACUGGGCUAUUAAAAAGCUGGAACACUUGACAUUGGAUUAUAUGAAAUUCGACUGUGAAGAAGGAAGUUGUUAUGGUGUCAUAGGGGUUCAUAGAGUUUCUUUUGCAUUGAUAUUAUUUCAUGCCAUUCUAGGAUGCUUAUUGAUUGGUGUACACGAUAGUCGACAAAAGAGAGCCGCUAUACAAAACGGUUGGUGGGGUCCUAAAAUACUAGUCUGGAUUGUCCUGAUUAUCAUUUCCUUCUUUAUCCCAAGUGAAUUUUUCAUGGCCUGGGGUAAUUAUUUCGCUUUAUUUGGUGCAGCUAUCUUUAUCCUUUUCGGUCUUGUCUUGUUGGUCGAUUUUGCUCAUAGUUGGACCGAAAAAUGUAUGAUCAAUUAUGAAAGAAAUGACUCAAAUUUAUGGAAAUAUAUACUGAUAUUUGGUACGCUACUUAUGUUCGCCAGUGCUAUCACGCUGACAGGCAUCAUGUACGGGUUCUUUGCCUCAAACGGUUGUUCUUUGAAUCAGUUUUUUGUCACACUAAACCUGAUCUUAUGUGUCCUGGUUACCUUAUUAUGUAUCUCUCCUCGAGUACAAGAGGCUAAUUCUCGCUCUGGUCUAUCGCAAGCGUCUAUCGUAGUUAUUUACUGUACUUACCUGGUGUUAUCUGCCGUAGCUAACGAACCAAAUGAUAAAGAAUGUAAUCCUUUGCGGAAAUCAAUUGGCCCCCAAACAACAUCUGUUGUAUUAGGUGCUAUCUUUACAUUUUUGGCAGUUGCUUAUUCAACGAGUCGGGCAGCUACACGAGAUAGUGCGUUUAUUAGAGGAAAAUCUUCAGGUAGGCCAAGACUAGGCAGUUAUGAACCUUUGGACACGUCGAGUGCUGUCCCAUUAAUGGCAAAUCAAGUAGAAGAUGGCGCCAAGCGAAUGAGCUCACAAGGUUCUGCUAGAGAACAUUUGAUUGCCGCUGUUGAGGAAGGCGCUUUACCUCGAUCUGUAUUAUACGAAGACGAUGAUGACGACGAUGAAAUUGAUAGUAAUAUUGACGAAAAGGAUGAUGAAAGAUUUGGCUCUCUAUAUAGUUAUUCUUUCUUUCAUUUUGUUUUUGCUAUCGCUGCUAUGUAUGUUUCUAUGGUUCUAACUAACUGGAACACAAUCAAUUUUGAGGAUGGUACUGGGCAUGACGGUGGUGAUCUCGUUCGUAUUGGACAAAGCUACACAGCUGUAUGGGUUAAAAUUGUAUCGGGUUGGGUUUGCCAUUUGCUUUAUAUUUGGUCUUUGGUAGCGCCUAUUUUUAUGCCGGAAAGAUUCGCCGACUUUGAUUAUGAGUAG